ACCAAAUCAAAGGGAAAAAUGGGACGUAGCCCCAAAAUUGCAAACAAUGUGGUCUUAGCAUUUGUUUCUACAACUCUGGUUGUCCUUGUUAUGCUCUUCUUCAUCUUUCUUUGCAGGAGAAGACGAAUGGAUUCGGAAGAAGCUCUCCCUCUCAAGCCUUGUGCCUCUGCGUACACCUUAAUUGAAGUCGAUGCUGCCACCGACGGCUUCAGCCAUCGCCGGAUUAUAGGGAAAGGUCGUCUUGGAACAGUAUAUGUAGGUGUCAUGACCAAUGGAGAUGUAAUUGCUGUUAAACGGAUCAAAUCAUGGCUGGUUUUGAGCAAUCCUGGUUUUGGGUUCUCAUCAAUGUUGAAGACCCUUUCAUUAGCACACAACCCUCACGUUGUACCCAUCAUUGGAUUUUCAGAGGCUCCAGGAGAGAGAAUUAUCUUGAUGGAGUUCAUGGGUAUGAAGAGCUUAGAAUUCUACCUACAUGAAAACUCCGGCGGUGGUGUGCCACUCUUAGACUGGUGGCGCCGCUUCAGGAUUGCAGCUGGUGUUGCCAGAGGGAUCGAGUACUUGCACGAGGGGAUGACACCCCAUUUAUUACAUGGAUGUGUGAAGCCUUCUAACAUCUUAUUUGAUUUAAAUCUUAGACCUAGAGUAUGUGACUAUGGGUUAUCUUUCUUGAACCCCAAAGAAAGAGGUGGCCUUGUGGGAUAUGUGGAUGAUGAGUAUUGGGAAGAGGGAGGAGAGGCAUGUAAAGAAAGUGAUGUUUAUGGAUUUGGAGUUGUUUUGUUGGAGCUUUUGAGUGGGAGGAGAUGUGAAGAAGGGUUGCUUGUUAAGUGGGCUUUGCCCUUGAUGAGGGCUAUGAGGGUUGUUGAGGUUUUUGACCCUAGGAUGGUAGUUCCUUCUGAUAUGAAACCUCUUAUUAGAUUAGCUAAGGUUGCCACAGCUUGUGUUGGUAACAGUAGAAACAACAGACCCACUAUUGUUCAAGUGGCAGCUAUUUUGAAUAGUUUGGAGAUGGAGUUGUCUACUUGAUUACUUGGGAUCAAACACCAAGUGAUGACAAAGUGUGAGAACCGUGAGAGCAGUAAGGUUUAGUUUAUCUAAAUCUAGUCAGCCCAAAACCAAGCUCUCCUCAUUUUAGAGCCCACUGAUCUGAAAACUUUUGGGUAUUGGUGGAUGGAAAGCUUGGUCGGUGAGUGGUCAUUUGGUCGGCAAGCCAUAUCUUUUCAUGCAGGAAAGGCAGGAACAUUUGAUAACCAUUUUUGUACGGUGAUUGAUCUGCACAGUUAGAAUCUAUUCCAUAAUCAAUUCUUUGAUGAAUUUCAUCUGUAUGAAUCAGUCCAUACAAAAACCAUUCUCAUACAAGAACCUGAUCCACACUUGAAAUAUUUUGGCUGAUUAUCUCAUUAUUUGGGUACGCUUAUUUCUCAUACUGUACAUUCCACCCGAGUUUGUUCUCUUGGUGAUAGAGCUGUCAGUGGUGUACGUGAUUUGUAUAUGUAUGUUGCAACUC